AUGACAAAGGGAACAACAAGUUUUGGUAAGAGAAAUAAGAGAAAUCACAUUCAGUGUAUUAGAUGUGGUAACGAGUCAUAUCACAAACAGAAGCACAGUUGUUCAAGCUGUGCAUACCCAGAAAGAAGAUGGAGAAACCCAGGAUCACCAAAAGCACAAGGAAGAAGAGCACAAGGAACUGGUAGAAUGAGACACUUGAAAAAAUACAUGAAGAUUAACCAGAGAAGAUCAAUUGCAGCCAACACUCUUUAA